AUGUCGCAACACGCAUUGUCCGACCAGCAGGUGCGCCUUGAAUCCCCCAGCCGUGGAAAGCCGAGCAUUGUCAAUCCCACAGUCAAUGCCCGCACCCGGCCUCGAUCACCUCUGACUAUGGUCGACAAUGAGCUCCGCAAGAUGACGGCCUUCAUCAAGCAGGAGGCCAUGGAAAAGGCGCGCGAGAUCGAGAUCAAGGCCAACGAGGAGUUUGAGAUUGAAAAGUCCAAGCUGGUCCGCCAGGAGACGGACGCCAUCGACGCCACGUACGAGAAGAAGUUCAAGCAAGCCACCAUGUCCCAGCAGAUCACGCGCUCGACCGUCGCCAACAAGACCCGUCUCCGGGUGCUCGGCGCUCGCCAGGAGCUGCUGGACAGCAUAUACGAGACCACGCGCCAGCAGCUGGCCGCCGGCACCAAGGACAAGGCCAAGUAUCAAAAGGUGCUCGCCGCCCUCGUCCUCGAGGGCCUUUACACGAUGAACGAGGCCGAGGUCCAGGUCCGCGCCCGCGGCAAGGACGCCGACGUCGUCAAGAAGGCCCUCGACGACGCCGCUAAGACGUAUAAGAAGCAGCUGGGCAAGGAUGUCACGGUGACCAUCGACGAAGAGAAUCCCGUACCGGACGCCAGUUCUGGUGGUGUCAUCAUCGUCGGCUCUAAGGGCAAGAUUGAAAUCGACAACACCUUUGAGACGCGCCUCAAGCUGCUCGAGGACUCGGCCGCCCCCGCCGUCCGCGAAUCCCUCUUUGGAAAGAACGAGAACCGCAAGUUCUUCGACUAA